UUUUAUAAUAUUUCUGUAGAUUUAAGCAUCUUUCAAAUAAAUACGUGUACCAUAGAAAUGCGACUUACUGUACAUUCUUUGUAGGGACCCUAGAUUAAUAAUUCGAUUGUUGUUUAGAACUUUCAGUAAGAAAAUGUGUUAGUUGAUUUUGGUAAAAAGUUGUUUUGAUUCAUAGGAAAUAAAUAUUAGUUUGUCAAACCUUGGCAGUAUUUUUGAUUUUCUUACUAAAAAAUGGAGACUAAACCAAAGAAUGAAUAUUUACUUGCUCUAAAAGUAAUGAGGUUAACACGACCCACUCUUGCCAGUCCUGUAGUUGUUACUUGUGAUUCCAUAGAUUUACCAGGUAAUACACUCAACAAUGAAUUAAAAAAUGAUUGCACAUCAUUGCAAGGAAUGGAAACACUUGCUAUUGGGCAAUUUAUGGUAUUACCGCAAAGUUUUGGAAAUAUAUAUUUAGGAGAAAUAUUUUCAAGUUAUUUAUGUGUACAUAAUGGUAGUAAUCAAAUAGUUAAAAAUGUGACCGUUAAGGCGGAUUUACAAACAAGUACUCAAGUUAUUUCAUUAUCGUCAGGAAAUUCAGAAGUCAAGGAGUUAGCUCCGGAUAAUACAGUGGAUGAAGUUAUUCAUCAUGAAGUUAAAGAGAUAGGAACACAUAUAUUAGUAUGCGAAGUUAGUUAUGUACCUGCUAAUUUAAUGGGUCCUCCACAAUCAUUCAGGAAAUAUUUUAAAUUUCAAGUAGUUAAGCCUUUGGAUGUAAAAACAAAAUUCUAUAAUGCAGAAUCUGAUGAAGUGUAUCUUGAGGCACAAAUACAAAAUCUUACAGUAGGUCCAAUUUGUUUAGAAAAAGUGUCAUUGGAAUCGUCACAUUUAUUUAGUGUAUCAACAUUAAAUAAAAAUGAAAAGGGAGAAUGCAUUUAUGGAAAAAUUAAUUUAUUGGAUUCUGGUUGCAGUAGACAAUAUCUAUAUUGUUUAAAACCUCAGUUAAGCUUACAAAAAGAUCCUAAAAUGAUGCAUAAUGCUACUAAUAUUGGGAAAUUGGAUAUUGUAUGGAAAAGUAAUCUGGGAGAAAGAGGACGACUGCAAACAAGCCAGUUACAAAGAAUGGCACCAGAAUAUGGAGAUUUAAGAGUUAUUAUGAAAGAUAUUCCAUUGAAAGUUUAUCUAGAAGAACAAGUGAAUCUUAAUUGUCACAUAACAAAUACUUCAGAAAGAAGUAUGGAUUUGUUAUUGAGUUUGGAAUCAAGUGAUUCAAUUGCAUGGUGUGGAAUAUCUGAUAAAAUAAUUGGAACAUUAAAGCCUGGAACUUCUAUUGAUGUACCUUUGAGUUUAAUACCAUUAGAUACUGGUAUUACUAUUAUAUCUGGCUUAAAGUUAAUGGAUACUUUUUUGAAAAGGGUAUAUGACUAUGAUGACUUAGCACAAAUUUUUGUCAACCAAUUGAAUUAGUGUGAUCUAGGAAAAUAUUUAUACAAUGUAUAUUUUUUGUAUAUAUUUAAUUUAAAAAUCAUACUAUAAUAAUGUAUUAUUAUUAUUUAAUAUUUAUUCAAAGAUAUGCAUCUAUAGUAGACAUUUUUUUAGUUUCACUGACAGCUCCAACAGCACAUGCCAAUAAUGUUUGAACAUCUUGAG